AUGAAGGCAAACCGCGGUGUCAGCGGUGCAUCGCCGGUGGCUUCGAGUGUCAAAAAGAAUGCUUUUACCGUGAAUGAAUCCUCAUCGCCGACAAAAGCGGCACCACCUACGCCAACUUAUUGCAAGGUCAAGUUUGUGGACGACAAUGAUGAAGCAUCGCCCACGCAAGAACCACAACCUCCUCCUGCACAUGAGGAGCCGCCUGUUCAAAGUAUAGCGAAUCUUUCACAGGGAAAGGAUCAAGACACGUCACCACUGGUCAAUGUUUCUCAGCGUUCUUUUCACGAUAACGCAGGUCAUUCGAAUGCGAAUGAAGGAGAACAGCCAAUCUCGUCCUUUGACAGAUGGAGUCCGGAAAUCCUGGCUUCUCCCAGCACAAACGGCGGGGACCAGAUAGCGCUUGAUGCGCUCUUGUCUUUGGGCAAUGAACAUGCGACAGCCUUUAUCGACCGGAACGUGCAUCGCAACUCGGUCUCAUCUGCCGGCUUCCAUGGUUCCGACAGGUCUAUCAUUUAUCACGACCCGUUGACGAAUCCUGAGGAGUCCUCAUACGAUGCGCCUUUUUCUCCAACGUCGCCUCCUGUACCGGGCCCUGACGUCCCAGAAGAGUUGGAAUUCAGUCUCAUGAAGCAUUAUCGAUAUGAAGUAGCACCGUGGCUCGACAUAUGCGACCUCGCGCAAACCUACGGAAUGGCUAUUCCAUGUCUUGCAACCGAAUCACCCGCCAUCCUCCAAGGACUGCUGGAUAUAUCUGCAAGGUCUCUCAAGGCCAUGACCGGUAUGGACAAAAUGUCGCAUUUGAAUAGUGCCAUACCAGCCGGCAUUAGCGAAAUGAAUGCCGAGCACCGACUUCUCUGUGCCAGUCUCUGUCAAGCAACAGAGCCCUUUGCGCAAGAUGUCUUUGGGGCCGAUAGCUAUGUCUAUGCAAUGACCAUGGGCAUCGCUCACGACUUAUUACUGGAAAGACCAACGUCAAUAUCCAUGGCUGCCUAUCAUGUGUUGCUUAGGCUUGACAUGGGAAAGGCAUUAAUCAAUGAACUUCCAAUUUCGAUACCACUACAUGUUCCCGAGAUGACACAUUCACCAUGGCACAAGACAGAUUCGGCCGUCCACAUAUUCCAAUGCGCCAACACGCCUCUCUUCCUCUGCCUCCGAGCAAUGAGAUUCUGCUGGGGUGACCCCGCCGAUCGUAUGGGUCUGGCCGGCGACAUGGUCAGCGCAUGGCGGGACAUUGUAGACCAACUCAACGCGUGGUAUAGCCAGCGACCGCAAGAGUUCCUGUCCAUGGUGGAGAUCGAAAUGGCCGACGACGGAUUCCCCUUGAUCCUCUUCACCAGCGGAGCCGCCGUGUUUGGCAACCAGCUUUACCACACGGCCAUGUUCCUCUUGCUACGACAUAAACCGCGUACGGUUAUGCUGCCGAGCAGGCAUCGUUCCUCUACAAUGUCGACGCUAUGGCAUGCGAGACGCAUUUGUGGAAUUGCGCUCAAUAACGACAGGCGCGAGUGCUGGGACAUGAGUCUGGUUGCGUCGCUGCUGGUUGCAGCCCGGACCAUGACACAUGAGGCGCAACAUCAUGUCCUGCUGGCUGGUAUAGACAAGGUUGAAAGGCUUACGGGAUGGGGUCUGAGUGUCAUUAGAGACAUACUCAAAGCUGAAUGGGGUCUAUGA